AUGAAACCCAUCAGCCAACAAACGCUUGUCGCAGUUUUCAAAAACAUUUUCCUGCUGCACGCUUGCCUCGGCCGCUCGCAAUCCACACUGGUAGAAAUGGUGGAUGCAAUAGCUACGUUCGAUAACACAAGCAAUACGUUUGGUACAAACGUUUGCCUAUUUACCACCAGCAACUCUUCGCUUCCAACCGUUGCUCCUCACCUAAUUCCAAGCUUGCUGUCAAAGUAUCCAACGAUAUUUUUAAACCAGCACAAUUACGUUUUCGUUAAGUCCGCGAACCUGGCUACUUUGGUGCUGCUGGAUGUAACAGGCUACCAUUACGAGUUUCCUUUUCGGUUUAUACAGAAGAGGCUUAGCCAACAUCCCUGCUACAGGAAAUCGGCCAAAUUUGUCAUCCUGAUGGGUGGGACCAGCUUUCAGCGAAAGGAAACGGCGGUAGCGUUUAUGACAAAGUUCUCGAUCCUGAACUAUAUACUCGUACCGGUGACUAAUGCAUCGGGCUCAAUGACGGUGUACACUAAGCAUCAGUUCACCGAACAGGAGUACUACUUUCGUACGGACGAUCGCCCGGUGCAACAGUUUUUCCCCGACAAGCUACGCAACAUUAACGGCUACAAGUUCAAGAUGCACGGCAUCACCGCCUAUCCCUACAUGGUGUUCGACGGAGAGGGCUUUGUCUACGGUUUGGUGCCGAAUUUAGUGAAGAUAAUAAUCCGACAACGGUGUAAUGGUACGAGUUCCUUCACGGAGAACGAAAAACUACGUUCCUCAAUGGACGGACAUUUCAACAUUGACGAUGAACGAUUAAGCUUUCAACAUACGUUCUACUUCCGGGAAGAGACGAGUAUCCACAUCGUGUGUCCAGUCCGGUCGGUGCGCGAUUUCCUGCGCCAUCUGCUGAAACCGUUUUCGAUUGGGAUUUGGCUCAUUCUCGUCGGCCUGUUCACUUUCUGCCGUGUCGUACAGAUCCUGUUUCCGGACCUGUACCGAUACGAUUUGAUCGCGCUCACCUUUUUCGGUGGUGGUGGCAUCGAGUAUCAGCAACCCUUUGCGUUCCGUAUUAUCACGCUCACACUCGCGGUGCUGGUAUUCUUCCUGUCGGAAGCGUACAAUACCAAAAUCAUAUCGCUAAUGUCGUUGGCAAAAUUUUACGAACAGCCGCAAACGAUCGAGGAGCUACACAAUUCGGACUUUCGAAUCCUGUCGAGCCGUGCUGGCACUGACUUUUUCGGUCCUAUAUCGGACAACUUCUUGUCGUACCGAGCGACGUUGCGCGAGCGACGGCGGUAUGGGUUUCGAGUGCAUGAACAUUACUGCUCAACGAUGCACGUGGGAAAUGCGUGGAUAGCCGUAUCGCAGAAGAUGAAUAAUCUCUUAAAUACGCUGUACAUCGUCGAAGAACCACUGUUAAUAGACAAAAGCCUCAUUCAGCUCGCCCAGCACUCGCCGUUUUUCGAUCUGUUUGAAAAGAUCUUCGGUUGGUUCAAUGAUAGCGGUUUGUGGACGUACAUGCUGACGCAGUCAAAGGCGCUGCUGUAUAAAAGCAUAGAGGAAACCCCAUUUCAGGAGGUCAUUUUCUUUUUCAAUGAUUUAUUCUGCGUGUGGAUACUGAUCUUUGUUGGAUGGUUGAUCAGCACCGUGUGUUUUGUGGGCGAAAUCGUCACAGACACGCUUAGGCAACGAAAAUUGAGACGUACUAAGAGGUUUCUCCAUGCAGCACGAAAAUAUCGCAUAGUUAUGGCUUGGUUUAAUCCACGCUAA